UAAACGUGUCGUAGAAAAUGGCGGAAAUCAUCGUGAAAAACAAACUUAACCUGAUCAAAUGGCUUAGUUCGGAUCAUGUAAUUCUUUUGCAACAUGUUCAAGUUAAUCAACUUAUACCAACGGCUCAGUAUAGAGAGCUGAUGGACAUGACCGGUAAAGACAGAGUCGUUAUCAAACUUCUGGACAUUAUCCUUGGAAAGGGUGAAAAUGUGUGUCGAGAUUUUUUGGAUUUGUUAAAAAAUGAUGAUGUGAAUGAAUUGUAUCCUGAGCUCAGAGGAUGGAUCAAAACAGUGGACACUAAAGACCUGAAAGCAGAAAAAGACUGCAAUAAUGGAGAAAGUGGUAACAGGCCAAAGCAAGAGACUGCAACCAUGACAGGACAAUCAGGCACCAAAGUAAGCAACCAGAAACCUUAUAGAGACUGUGAACACAGGCCAAUACAAGAUUAUCAGAAGUUUCUAAAAAAAAACUUAAGUCUGUUGGUUCAAAACGUGAAGAACAUUGAUCCAAUUAUUGAUGAUCUUGACCUACAUGAUGAAUCAGUUGCAAAUAUGAGAGUGAAGCCAACAGAUCAAGAUAAGAUGAGGAAACUGCUUACCUGUGUGAAUUGUGAAAGCAUUGCUAAGGACCUGUUCAACGCUCUGUGCAAGCAUGAAAGACGUCUAAUGAAUGAACUACUGAACAGCUACUGAAAGUUGUAUUAUUUACCCACCAGAUUGGCAGCAUGUUAUUAAAUUAAAUGGAAUAUUGUACUGUCAAUGCCAACUAUACAUUUUUUAAAAGUUAAAAAAAAAAGUGAUUGUUC